AUGUUUUCUCAUAUUACUAAGAUGUUAAUCACAACAUUCUUGUUAACCAAUGUAGCAGAAGCGUCGGGUGUUGUUGCCUACUGGGGUCAGAACUCUGCAGGUGACCAGGGUCCACUAAGAAAUUACUGUGGAAGUACUGCAGAUAUAAUUGUCGUAUCAUUCAUAAAUUCAAUUAGUCCAGUCGACAUUUCUUUAAAUGACCAAUGUAGUGGCUCUUUCAAUGAUGGUACCAUGCAUUGUCCAUCUGUUGGUGAAGACAUUACUUACUGCCAAAAACAAGGUAAAAAAAUUCUUUUAAGUAUCGGAGGUCAAGGUGAACAAGGAUUCUCUUCAGAUUCCGAAGCCACCACUUUCGCAUCCAACGUCUGGAACAAAUUUGCUGGUGGUUCCUCCGAUGAGAGACCAUUUGACACUGCUGUUGUUGAUGGUUUCGAUUUAGACUUGGAGACAGUUGGCCCAAAAGGCACUGUUGCUUUCGGGAAGGCAAUUAAAUCGUUGUUCUCCAAAGAUUCUGCUAGAACAUACUACUUAUCUGCAGCUCCUCAGUGUCCAUACCCUGAUGCUACCUUGAGUGAUUACUUGACUCAAGUUCCGGUUGAUUUCACAUUUGUUCAGUUCUACAACAACCCAUCAUGUCAAUUAGAUGGUGAUUUCAACUUUAACACAUGGUCCCAGUAUGCAAGAUCUUCUUCCCCUAAUAAGAAGAACAAGAUUUUCGUUGGUUUACCAGGUAGUAGUUCUUCCAGUGGUUCUGGAUUUGUCUCUGCUUCCGUUGUUAAGUCUCAACUUGAGAAGAUUAAAUGUGAUCCAAACUUUGGAGGAGUUUCCCUUUGGGACGCUUCUUCAAGUUUUCCCAACGGAUUUGCAGCAAGCAUCAAAUCAGUCUUAAGCUCUAUGGAUGUCAGUUCUUGUCCCUCCACUACCUCAUAUUCAUCCGGUGCUACUUCCACAUCUGCAGCUUCCACAUUGGUACCACCCCUAUUAUUUCAAUUAGUGGCCCGAUACUUAGUAGCUGUACUGCUGAUGUUCCAAUUCAAGUUGACAUCACCGUUUUCACCAUAA